CAGUCCCCCCACUUUUCUUCCCAACUCGCGGAGCAGUGAUGUCUGGCAGAGGCAAGGGCGGGAAGGGGCUCGGCAAGGGGGGCGCCAAGCGCCAUCGCAAGGUGCUGCGCGACAACAUCCAGGGCAUCACCAAGCCGGCCAUCCGCCGCCUGGCGCGGCGCGGCGGCGUCAAGCGCAUCUCGGGGCUCAUCUACGAGGAGACGCGCGGCGUGCUGAAGGUCUUCCUGGAGAACGUCAUCCGCGACGCCGUCACCUACACCGAGCACGCCAAGAGGAAGACGGUCACGGCCAUGGACGUGGUCUACGCGCUCAAGCGCCAGGGACGCACCCUCUACGGCUUCGGCGGUUAAACUCCUCU